AGCAUCGCUUAAAUACUCGUACGUCAAAAUUGACAAAAAUGGAUGAGCAAUAUCCCGAAUUUCGAGGCGACAUGCCAACAAAUCCGACCCUGUCCGAACUGUUCGUCAAGAACAAGAUGCGAUACUGUUCCCUGGAACUGUCUCCCAACAAACCUGUGUCCUAUGAUGUUCUGGAAAGGAUGAAGAUCAAAUUCUGUUCUGUCAUCUGGCUGGGAAAUCAAGAUAAGGAACCGGCGGAGAUAGGAUCUUUGAUCCUGGCUAAGGACCUGAUAUCAAGGGGAUAUGUCGUUCUUCUACACAUGACCGCACGAAACAACACCAAAGUAUCUCUGUCCAAAGUGCUAGAUCACGCCAAGUUUAUAGGAGUGAAAAAUUUGUUGUGUCUUCGAGGUGGUAGCCCAGAAUGCUCACUAGAAGCGUCAAAAUACGAUUUUCCACAUGUUCCCGACAUGAUGAACUACAUCACAAAAAACUAUGGAAAUUAUUUCGAUAUGUGCGUCGCUGGAUUUCCUUACAAACAUCCAGACUCGAAGACCAUAGAUGACGAUAUGAAGUAUCUAAAAGAAAAAUGUGAUGCUGGUGCAAAGUACAUUAUCACCCAAGCCGGAUUCUCCUACGACAUCUACAAGCAGUUCUUGAAAACAUUGAGAAAGCACAACAUAAACUUGCCUGUAAUACCUGGGGUGUACGUUAUACACUCGGUGGUAGACUUUUGUCUGUUGAAAAAGUUGUGUAAAGUGCCGCAAGAUGACCCCGUUGUGGAAUUUGUGAAAAACAAUAAGGACAAGGAUGAAGAAAUGGCUAAUUUUGGCUUAAAACUGUCAAGCGAGAUAGUGCAGAACCUAAUGCAUGAUCAAGAUUUCAUGCCGCCUCAUAUUUUCUCAAUGAAUGAAUUUAGAUCGGUUGAAGAAUUUUUGAGCAAACUGAAAGGGUAGGAACGACUUUGAAUUAAACAAUGUUUAAUUUAUAGAUUGUUAUCAAUUGUAAUACAAAUAAACACAUUCAAAAAGUU